AAACACCCAUUCAUUGCCAUUCGCGGGUCGAUAUAGAUUGCUACUACACACAAAAUCUUUAUUUUUCUACCAGGAAAGUUGCUCUUUCUUCCCAGCAUUGGCAUGGGGUUUAUCAUUUUUGCAUUGUCGUUUCUCCACGCUGUAAUUUCUACAUACGGGCAUUGUUGUCUUUCUUGGUCCAGAAACGAAGCCUUCACGGACAAAUAUCGUCAUUCGCUAAGCACCAAGAACUCCUCCAGUACAUGCACGCUCCGAGAAUGUGCGUCUCUGUGUAUGUCCAGUCCGGACUGUAGCUCACUAGGCUACAACGAGGGAAGUUGUCUCUGCUUCGUGUAUGACAAACCAACCACAUCUAUAACAGCGAGUUAUCUGGAUAUGUUAGGAUGGCAGCACUUCGAUAUACAUCAAGAAAGGGAAACUGAAACUGAAUUCUGCACGUUUGACUAUGAAUAUGACGGAUCCAAUAUCGAAUAUAAAGAAGUGCAAAGUUUACCAGAUAACAAAGGAUCACAUUUUGUCGUCGCGUUUAUGGAAAAUAGCCAGAAAUCGUUACCAGUAGAACUGUUCAUAACUACCGCCAAGCCUUACGAUGUCAAGGUCACAGUUACAUCUCCCAAAUGGAAUUCGCCUUCCGUUUUCGAAUCUUUCACGAUAGCGUCUGGUCAGACAAAACAAAUACUCAUAAGUAAUGAUUUUCGUAUGUAUGGAACUGGCAAGAGUGAGAAAGCACUGAGUGUGUCUGCUACUGAUGAAGUCAUUGUAUACGGCGUGAAUAAAGAGGUUUACUCGACCGACGCGUUCCUCGCUUUGCCAACUGACGUCAUAGGGUCUGAGUAUUACACAGUAUCGUAUUUUCCAUCUAGCUAUCACACGGAGAUUUUGGUUGUAGGUGUAAUCGCCGAUACUUCAGUAGAGAUAAAUCUAAAAUUGAGUGAUUCUUCAAAGGUUGAAUUGAAGAGGAAGCGGUAUGGUAAUGGUGACGUCAUUAAGCUUGAUAUCGAUCCUUACGACACUGUUCAGAUACAAGCCACAGCGGAUAUAUCCGGGACGUGGAUAACAUCAACUCGUCCUAUCGUAGUGUACAGCGGAAACAGGCGGACCAAUGUAGGGACUGGACGAAGCAUGGACCACCUGGUCCAACAGAUGACCCCGACCAACACCUGGGGCAAACGAUUCAUUACCUUACCUAUCCCAACUCGAACUACGGGCGACUUCUUUAGGUUUGUAGCCAGUGAAAACGACACGACUGUCCAUACUAUAGGCUUUGACUAUCAGUUGAAUGAAAAUGUAUCUUAUACACUGAAUCUUACUAAUGCAGGCGAUUUUACAGAAAGAUAUCACUCUUCUUAUUUCUACGGUCUGGUUACAUCAUCGAAGCCUAUCAUGUUAGUACAGAUAGUGUCCAGCCAGGUCAGAGAGAUGGCGGAUCCCGCCAUGACUCUUAUCCCACCAAUAGAACAGUUCAGUUCCGAGUACGUAUUCACCACACCUAAAUACUCUCUCGGCGAGUACACAAACUUUUUCAUAUUUGUCGUGCACUCAAAAGACAGGACUGGGCUACAACUGAACGGCGUCAACUUACCAGCGACUCAAGUUUACACAAAGAUCACGGGUACAGAGUAUCUGGCCUCAUACGUCGUGGUGCCAACCGGUUCCCACUCGUUUCGUCACACGUCACCUAUUGUUGUGUUUGGCGGUUAUAUCUAUGGACUGGCUCGGUUCGAAUCUUAUGGGUUCCCGGCUGGAAUGCGGUUAUCUCCCAUUAACACGCCCUGCAAUAUGACCCCUGGAAAUAUUCCGGAUGGUAUAGAUAAUGACUGCGAUGGACUGAUCGAUGAAGAAAUAUGUGACAAUAACUCAGAUGACGAUGCUGAUGGAAUGUUGGACGAGGAUUGUGCCAAGCCGCCAGCGAUUGACGGCCAGUGGAACUUUUGGACGUCUUGGUCAGAGUGUCAAUCGUCUUGUGGAAAUGAGGCAUCUGCAAUUACCGGAGCGUCCUUUCGUUCCCGUGUUUGUGACAACCCCAGUCCACAGCAUGAAGGCUUGCGUUGCCCCGGAAGUCCGCUGGAGCUAGUUCACUGUACACCCAGUGAUCUCUGUGGUUGCUGUCCAUCAGAUUUCCAUUGUGCUUCAAGCAACAUGACGAUACUGUGCUACCGGAUACAUAAUACGUCUUCUAAAAUCUCGGAAGUGAAAGGAGAAUGUGAGGCGGCAAACUACAACCUGUUAAAACUGGAUACCUACGAGAAAGUCUCUCUAUUCGACAAUUCUACUGAUGAUACUAUGGGUUCCGGUUCCGGUUACCUCAUCCAAGGAGAGCGAACGAAAGAUGGCGGUGAAUGGCUGUACAAAGACGGGUCAAAGGUGAACAGCUAUUACACACAAUGGAGUAGUCAAUCGAACCCGACGUCAAAUAACAAUAAGAAGGAAUACAUUGUUCUCCUGCCUCACAGUAACUACACGUGGUCUAACAUGGUGGGGAGGGACAUGGUGUCGGGCUACAUUUGUCAAGCAUAGCUAAAGUCCAGAAAUAUAAUAUCGCACAUGCGCACAAUUUCAGAAGUCCAAUUGUAUCAAGCCAGUAUUUUGUAAACCUUCAUCUUUGUUUGAAAAUUAAAUUCAUAUCAAAGUCAACGUAUAUUCAAUACAUAUAUUAGAUUCCAAACUUCGUGCGAAAAUCUUGCUAGAGAUAGUUUCAUACAUGGAUAACGAAUUGAAUGUCUCCGUGGUAUUUGAAUGUAUCUGUGGUAAUUAAAUGUCUUUGUUGUAUUUGAAUGUAUCUGUGUUAAUUAAAUGUCUCUGUGGUAGUUGAAAAAGAGAAGAAACAUUGUAGACCGCCGUAAAGACUCCUUUUCACCACCUCAAAAUGUAUAACUGAGAUUGAGUUAUUCUCUCAUGUAUAACUGAGAUUGAGUUAUUUUUUCUCAUGUAUAACUGAGAUUGAGUUAUUUUCUCUCAUGUAUAACUGAGAUUGAGUUAUUCUCUAAUGUACAACUGAGAUUGAGUUAUUUUCUCUCAUGUAUAACUGAUAUUGAGUUAUUUUUUCUCAUGUAUAACUGAGAUUGAGUUAUUUUCUCUCAUGUAUAACUGAGAUUUAGUUACUUUCUCUUAUGUAUAACUGAGAUUGAGUUAUUUUCUCUAAUGCAUAACUGAGAUUGAGU